AACUGUAGAUUGGGGGUAGUCUACUCGCUUCUCCUUCAACGCUGCCAUUGAAGAAUCCCCAAAUUCUUGGUUUUACAGGAAUCAGAAAUUUCGGAAGAAUCUGAAUUCAGUCGAAAAUUUGGAGCAUUUUUGUUCUGUUCUUCUUGUUCGUCAUCUGUUCCGAGACGAAUGGAGCCGUUUCCGUCGUCAUCUCAAAUGGCUCAGAAAACCUGGGAGCUUGAGAACAAUAUCAUCCCCGUUGAUACUCCUCCGACCACCUCCAAAGCUACAGAUUCAUCCUCCGAUGCGAUAUUCUACUACGACGAGGCUGCACAGGCCAAGUUCCAGCAGGAGAAGCCGUGGCAAAAUGAUCCCCAUUACUUCAAGCGUGUGAAGAUCUCUGCACUCGCUCUUCUUAAAAUGGUCGUCCAUGCACGCUCCGGUGGAACUAUAGAGGUCAUGGGACUCAUGCAGGGCAAGACUGAUGGAGACGCUAUUAUCGUGAUGGAUGCCUUUGCUUUGCCCGUCGAAGGUACUGAGACUAGGGUUAACGCUCAGGCUGAUGCGUACGAGUAUAUGGUCGAUUAUUCUCAGACUAAUAAGCAGGCUGGGAGGUUGGAGAACGUCGUAGGAUGGUACCAUUCUCAUCCAGGCUAUGGAUGCUGGCUCUCGGGGAUUGAUGUUUCCACACAAAUGUUAAACCAGCAAUUUCAGGAGCCCUUUCUGGCUGUUGUAAUUGAUCCUACGAGGACUGUUUCUGCUGGAAAAGUUGAGAUUGGGGCUUUCAGGACCUACCCGGAAGGAUAUAAGCCACCAGAUGAGCCCGUUUCUGAGUAUCAAACCAUCCCACUGAAUAAGAUUGAAGACUUCGGUGUACAUUGCAAACAGUAUUAUGCGCUUGAUAUUACUUAUUUCAAGUCUUCACUUGACUGCCACCUCUUGGAUUUGCUUUGGAACAAGUACUGGGUCAAUACUCUUUCAUCUUCUCCUCUCUUGGGUAAUGGAGAUUAUGUUGCUGGGCAAAUCUCAGAUUUAGCUGAAAAACUUGAGCAGGUGGAGAAUCAGUUGGCUCACUCCCGCUUUGGGUCAUUAAUAGCUCCUGCUCAGAGGAAGAAGGAGGAAGACUCUCAACUUGCAAAGAUUACUCGCGACAGUGCAAAGAUAACGGUCGAGCAGGUUCAUGGUCUGAUGUCACAGGUUAUCAAGGACAUCCUUUUCAACUCAGUGCGACAAUCGAACAAGUCUCGGCCAGAGGCAUCCGAUCCCGAACCAAUGGUGGAAAGCUGAUGUGCAGGGAGCUGACGAAAUCUUAACAUCCUGAAGCUCAAUAUUUCUUCCCCACACCAGGCGAGAUCAGAGAAAAAGGUGCAGAUUUUUGUUUUGAUUGACGGGGUAUAUUGUUACUGUGUAUUUCGAUAUUGCGCCCGUUUGCGCAGCAAUUUCCGAGGACUGGGAAUCUUCUUUGGGUUGCCUAGAUUAAUAGCUAAACGGAAUGUUUCUAGUGUACUGUUUUCAUUUGUUAAUCAUAGACCAGGCGAUUCACUUCUCA